AUGCUCUUUCAACAUGACAGAUGUAUAUUUUAAAGUGACAGCACGCUAUUUGUUUGUCAAAAUCCAGUUGAACUAAACAUUAUUCUACCCACAGAUUAAUUUUAUAACAAUAUCAUUUCCUAAUAUAGGUAUAUUUACUAAAAAUGGGUGACGUUGACGCAAAAAAGAGUAAAGUAUCGAUGAUGGCCGUCAAAAGCCACUCGAAGACUCGAUCCAUGGCUGCCAUGGGUCUGAAGUCCAUGAGCAGAAUGAGGGUCAGAAGAGCAUCGUAUGGAUUCAGCAGUGUUGCCGGUUUACGACCAAUCGAGAAAGCCUCAACGCUCGCGAUAGAGUUCAAGCGGCCCCCAUUGCUUUACUUAAAUACUUACCAAUUGAAUCCGCAUCCGGAUGAACGUUUCCACGUGCCGUCCGUUACAAAGGCCACCAAUGAACUGCUCGACGAACAUUUCACUGGGCAUAAAUACAACGCUCAGGAGUCACCAGCAAUAGCACUGCGUUUGGCCGGGGAACUGAUGCGUAAAGUGAAGUUAAUGGCGUUCAACAGAUACAGGGUGAUCACUGUGGUCACCAUCGGUCAGAAGCGAGCGCAAAGCUACAACAACGCUAUUAGCUUCCUUUGGGAUUUCGAGAGAGACGCCUACGUCGAUGUUCAGAGAGAAGAGAACACUUGUUUCAUCCAGGUUACUACUUUCGGUGUUUAUCUUGAUUGAAUGAAUGCGACCGAGAAAGAAUGAUUUUCCGUAGAUAAUUUUCGGUCGGUAUUAACUAUGGUUGAUGGAAUUUCUUUUUAAUUAGUUGUAAUUUUUGGCACUGAACAGACCAAGAUGUUCAUGAAGGUGUUCAGCAAGUUUCUGUCUCAUAUUUUUUUGUCUUUAUUGUAGUCUUAUUUGUAUUAUUCUGUGUUAGUAUUAAUCAUGUAUUUUAUUUUAAUAACUUGAGUGUGGAACAAUGUAUAUGAAUAAA